CUUCAAUCCCGUGGAAGCUUUAUUGGCGAAAACGCACGUUGUGUAAAAGGCGUUGAGCUAAAUUUUUCGGGAAAGUCUGUUGGUGAUGUGUGCGUGAAUACCAAGUGCGACAAUGGCACUCUGAGCGUGCAGUUUCUGGGUGAUGGUGAUGAUAAGUGGCACGUAUGUGAGGAAAAGAUGGAAAUCGUUCCCACAACGGCAAACUUGUCAGGAAAGAUUAUCUGCCCCAGGUACGACGCGGUGUGCACCAAGCUCCCCGACAUCACCAUUCCUCUGAAAGAGCUACCUUACCAGGAUGGCGACGACAAACCUGCUCCUGGAAACAUUACGUGGAACAUGACUGAAACUCCCAGUUCCGAUCCUUUGCCCCAUCCAACGCCAGAAGAAAGUGAGAAAGAUACGACCACACCGGUGCAGACUGAUGGGCUGUCUGGCAGUGUGAAUCCUGCUGGGCAUGCACCCCUUUUGCUUCUCGCCCUCGCCAGCGUUGUCGCUGUGAUGGUGCCUUUGUGA